UGAAGAUCCACCUCGUUUAAGACCAGAUGUAACAGAAGAACCUCCAACAACUGAUCCAACUACAACUUUUAAAAAGGAUGAUCUGAGGAUUUAUUAGAUGGAUGUUGGGUCGUGGUUUUAGUGACGCAACUGAAGGAGAAAAUUUUUUGCAGAAUGGCAUCAAAAGCAGUUCAGAUGGUAUGUUUGAUCCUCGGGGUCAUCGGCCUGACUGGGGUCAUCACCUGUUGUUCCCUCCCUCGAUGGAAAAGGAUAGCUUUCACAGCAAACUUUGUGACUGUACAGGUGAUUUAUGAAGGUCUAUGGAUGGUCUGUGUGGCACAAAGUACUGGACAGCAACAGUGCAAAGUGUACGACUACAUUCUGUCGCUACCCUUUGACCUUCAGGCUGGCCGCGCCAUGAUCGUCAUCAGCUGCAUCCUCUGUGGGCUCAGCCUCCUCAUCCUGUUCUUUGGUUCUGACUUGACCAGAUGUUUUCAGAACCAAGGCACCAAGGCCAAACUCAGCCUGGUGGCCGCAGCGGGCCUCCUGCUGGCCGGCCUGCUGGUGAUCAUCCCGGUCAGCUGGUCGGCGCAUACCAUAAUAAGAGAUUUCUACAACCCUAUGAUAAUGAAUUUCCAGACGAGAGACCUGGGAGUGUGUAUCUAUAUCGGCUGGGCAGCCGGUGUGAUAUUGAUCCUGACUGGAGUUCUGCUCUGCUGCUUCAGCAGACCCAGAUCCAGCAGCUCUAGUGGAACCGUCAAAUACCGCAGAGAUUCAGGUCUAAAUGACAACUUAAUUUAGAGGUUUUAUGGAAGGGGCUGGUGUCCAAUAGACGGAGAGACAAGGGGGUUGAUUUGGUAAAAACUGGGAAGACGACACCAGAGAUUGUAAAUACUUUAUGCUAACAAUAACUGGAUCUGAUUAUUAUUUUCAUAUUUUUUCUGUUGGUGCUCGAAGGCUUGAACAUUUUUAUUUCGAACAUUUUGUAAGGUCUUUGGGUUUGUUUUUUUCAAACUGCCUACAAAUCAUUUAUUAUGAAUUUGUUCUGUUUGUUUCUUUACACUGAUCACUAGAGAUUAAAAGCUGGUGUGCUGAUGAUCCUGACUGGAGUUCUGCUCUGCUGCUUCAGCAGACCCAGAUCCAGCAGCUCAGGAGGAACCACCAGCUGCUACAGCUACAGGGCUUCAGCUGCAAACAAUGACGUCAUUUAAUGAGAGGCUUUAUGGAAGAGACUGGUGUCCAAGAGACGGGUAGACAAUGGAGCUAAAACUGAGAAGACGACACUAGUGACUGUAGCAAAAAUAUUAUAUGCCAAGAAUAAGAUCUGAUUAUUAUUUCCAUAAUUUUAACUGUGUGUGCUUUAAAGUAUGUACUCUGUAUAUGUUAAUUUCUAACAUUUUGAUUUGGUUUUUUUUAUCUAGGCAAAACUCUUAAAUUCAGAGUAUUUUUUUGGAAAUGUCACUUAAAAUUGACUUUAAAAAAGACAUAAGCUUAACAGAAUAUUAAGAUGCAUUAAGAGUUUCUGUUAACAGAAAAAUUACAUUUCAUAGUGAUCGUUAUCUUGACAGACAUAGCAAAAAAUAAAAAAAGAAAACUUUCUGAAACAUCAACGUCUUCAAAUAAAAUAAUAACUCAAACCUUAGCGCAAGGUUCAAAACCACCAGGUUAUAUGAAACAGACUAAAUAUUUUCUGUAGGUUUUCUCAGCACACGGAUGAUUGAAAACACCAGAAACGAUUGAACUACCCAGAAACAGAGAAGAAGUUAGCUAGCUGCAGCUAGUCGCGUCUAACUCUUGAACAUUUAAAUAAAUUAGAAGAAGCGAAAGUUGAAGGUGCUUAAUGUUCUUUGUCCCAAAGCAGAUAUUCCUUUAGGAAAAAAUUUAACAAACUUCGCUUAUGGUUGCAAACAGCAUUGCAGGGAGAUAAAAAGGAAAGAGUGCGGAUGCGGGAACAUGACGGACAAAAACCAAAAUAUACUUCAGUGGAGAUGUGAAAAAACACAUGGAAGACAUGAAAAUGAACAAAGAUCCUUAUUUUGGUAUAGACUGAUGAAAAUAUAUUAAAGCAAGAUUAUUAGCUUUACAUAUAAUGUUUGAGUUCAUAAAAACAUGAGUGAAAAACACUUUUAAACAGCUUGUAAAACUAAUGUUCAGCAGAACAUUAGUCUGCUUUACUAGAGUAUUUAAGUAUUUUAAUGUACACAUGGCAGUUGAUUUCUUUCUUUGAUGCACUAAAUACAUUUAGUGUUUUUGUAUAUAUUGAUAUAUAAAUAUAUUCUUUUAUUUUGGCAACUACUUAUAUAGGAAAGUGAAACUAAACUCUUAAAGUUACACAUCUGUUUGGCCAUAUCUAAUUUAAAAAAUAUGUCAUAAGAUCAUUUUUUGGCAAUAUCGCCAACCCCUAAUAGAGCUCUUUGACAAAACAAAGUAAGAAAAUAUGAAAUGAAAAUACCAAGGGAAUAAAUUGCUCCCCUUGUUUCUUUAGAUGCAUGUUGUGAUAAUAAGGCUUUGUUUUUUUUUUGUUCUCUUUUUUCUUAUUGUGUUCUUGUAUCUCUAAUCUACAGUACCUGGGUAAGUUUGAGUGUCUGUGACUCGAUUCCUUAGCUGGACAAUCCUGAGAUUUCGAAGGCGAUUUCACAGCAGGUCCCUGAAGCAGCCGGCCAGUAUACUAGCAGGAAUCUUCUUCAGUGUGUCCUCCAAGGAUCUGGCUCGCCAUCUCAUCCAAACAUCAAUAGGGAAAGAAAAAAAGAGAAAAUUAUUCUACGCAUAAUAUGCAGAACAAAAGAAAAUAAAUUAAACUUAAAUCACCAAUGUCUCAAAUAAAAUCACCACAAGUUAAAUAUAUUAAAUCGCUGCAUAAAACUUUCAUUUAACAAAUAGAAAAAAACCUCAGUUUGAAAUUAUUUUAACUGACAACCUCUUUCUGGAAUUAUUUGAACUGUCACUCAUGAAAUCAGAACAUGUUCACAUCUAUUUUUUUUAUUUUUUCGUAUUCAUUUUUAACUAUUUUAACACAAAACAUUGAACUUAUGAACACAUGUUAACUAAAUCUAACAUAUAAAAAUGUAAAAAAUGCUCCAACAGGCUUUAAAGAUGCUUUAAACUGGUUUUAACUUUCUUUUCACCGUGCCAAACGACCCUAACAUAGUCAGUUUGCUAACCAACUGUUAGCCGUGCUAGCCGUUAGCUUCACUCGGCGAUUUCACUCACCGAAGUUUCCAGAGAAAACACAACUCCAUCCAGCUCCGUCAACGAUGUAGCACCAUACAGCAUUUGUUUUCACACACUAUUCUCUCAUUUUUAUCUUUAAUUUUGUCCACAAUUUGUCUCUCAAUUCUCACUGUUCUCUCCAUUUCUUUCA